CUGAAGAAGCUGACUCUACUCCUCCUUUUCGUAGGAAGCGGCUGUCUGCACGUAGUGGAUGGAACCUCCUCCAGAAAAAGUGGCUCUACUUCUACGUGUGGAGAUCAUGCAAAAAAUACACGAGGACUACUUCGAGGGCAGAACAAUAUAAACAACUACACGACUGGGAAUAAUAAUUAUCGAGGACAUGAUCAACUACAACUGAUGAAUCCAGCAGCACAGCAAGGUCCUCCUCAUCACGGACCUCCACUAAAAAUCACCUUAGUUGGAGCAUUGUCAGGAACAAGUACCAUUCUGGAAAUGACGGUUCCGCGAUACUCUUUGGAAAGUUUGAAAGUCGCAGAUAUACGUCGCGAGUGGGAAAAGAAGAACCCGAACAAGAGCAGUUUUGUUUUUGAUUUGGUUUUGAUCUCUCCAUGUUGUUCAUGUUCUCAUUUGAGCGAUGUUGAAGAUGCAGCAGGUCGUGGAGAUGGGGCAGGGGCCGCGACUGGAGAUGAUGGAGCCGUAGCGACUGGAGAUGAUGGAGCCGUAGGCGGAAAUGGGGCAGGGGCUGCGAGUGGAGAUAUACGUGGAAGUCGAAGUAGGGGAAGCACGAUUCUGGAGCCGACAAAAAAGAUCAGUGAAUUACUUCCUUUCGCUUUCGUAUCCACCCUGGAUAUUAAGGAUGAAGAAGCUUCUGUUCCUGGACGCCAAGACGAGCUCGUCCUGCAAGCGUAUUUCAAGCUCCGAGGGCCGUUAGAGAGGAUUUUCAACGAACUCGAUGUCGAUGGAGUACCAUUCUCUGAAAAACAAAUGCAGCUUCGCACAUAUUUUGGGGUUGAUCAGUUCGUUGACCGUGGUUGGCGGCCACUGAUGUCUUUCUUGCGGCAUGAUGCAGGAGACAGCAAUAUCAACGUGGUCAACAAAGACCAAGCUUCCCUACAAAGUCUGGUAUAUUUCCAGAAGCAUAGACUUUUGAGAAUGUCAGAAGGCACAACUACUACCAGAGAGG